AUGAUGCUGAGCAGUGGGGCGCUGAAGACCCGAAUCGCGGCGAUCGUGGAGUCUCUGUGUCGAACCGCGGUCACGGAGAUCUCCAAGAUCGUGGAGGACGGGAUGAUGGUGCUGCGGCUGGAGACGUGCUACCGGGAGAGCGAGAUCAAGCGGCUGAAGGAGGACGUGGCGCGGCUGCAGGUGGAGCUGCGAGCGGCACAGGAGGCAGGGGCCACGCCGAGGAGAGAGCACCAAGCCCGGGAAAACAUGGCCGUCCUGAAGAAAGAGCCUUCUUUAUUUGUCACUUUUGUCCCAACGAACAACAACAACAACAACAACCACAACAACCACAACCAGCACAACCACCACAACCAGCCGCUGCCGGGGAUCCAGAACCGACCCAUCGACAGCCGCAGUGAGGACCUCGGCGCGCGGCCCUCAGAACCGUCCAGAGCCUCCAUCUUGGAACGCGACGGUGAGCAGACUCAACCUGCCAACAUGGGACGUCCCGAGAACAGCCUGGUGUUGUCACAUCUGUCUGCGCCCUCCGUGGACACGGGGCCAAGCGUCCGCCACUUCACCUUCCACUCCUUCAACGUGGAGCAGAAGAAGGAGAAGAUCUGUCCGUACUGCGGCAAGUGCUUCGAGCGCUCGGCGCACCUGGAGCGCCACAAGAUGAUCCACACGGGGGAGAAGCCGUUCCAGUGCGAGACCUGCGGCCGCUGCUUCAACCAGAAGUGCAGCCUCAAGGAGCACCGCAAGAUCCACGUCCGAGACGCUCAGAUGGCGCUGCAGCACUCGGUCUGUUUGGACAAGUCUGGAGCCAAAGCCACUGAUCCAUCCGUCCAGAACCACUCCCUGACCACCGAGGACACCCCCAAACCCCUCUCCCUCCCCCAGAACCAAGCCCUCCCCCUCCAGAACCAAGCCCCCCUCCUCCAGAACCAAGUCCCCCUCCUCCAGAACCAAGCCCCACCCCUCCAGAACCAAGCCCCACCCCUCCAGAACCAAGCCCUCCUCCUCCAGAACCAAGCCCCACCCCUCCAGAACUCUGCCUUCUCCCUCCAAAACCAAGCCCUCCCCCUCCAGAACUCUGCCCCACUCCUCCAGAACUCUGCCCCACCCCUCCAGAACUCUGCCCCAUCCCUCCAGAACUCUUCCCUACACCUCCAGAACUCUCCCCUCCCCCUCCAGAACUCGUCCCUCCCCCACCAUAAUUCUCCCCUCUUCCCCCAGAACCAAGCGCUCCUCUCUCCAAACUCCGUUCCCCUCCAGAAUUCGGCCUUCCACUCCCAGAACCAAGCCCCCCCUCUCCCUCCCCCUCAGAACUCCUCCCUCCCUCUACCCAACGCAGUGGUCCUGCCCCAGUCCUCUCCCCAUCUCCCCCCUCUCCCGGACCCCCUGGUGCCGCAGACUCAGCCCAAGUCAGAACGCGCCGAGCCCAGAUUCGAGCUGCUACAGAACCACCACGCUCCGCCCUCGAUGUUCGACGAUAACGAUUUAAACUUGAAGUUCCUGCCGUCCACUUCAUUUCUAGGUCUCCAGCCCAUCUCUCCUCCCCUGGACCCCUCGUGUGGCGGUCAGCAGUUGUGCGUAGAUAACGGUGGGAGCUCGAUGCUGGACUUCCCCAAGAGGGCGCAGCGUCCUAAGAAGAUGUACCCGUGUGCGUACUGCCCCAAGGUGUUCUGGAGGAGCGAGCACCUGGAGAGACACGUGCGGAUCCACACGGGAGAGAAACCCUACGGCUGCUACAUCUGCGGACGCUUCUUCAGCCAGACCAGCAGCCUCAAGGGCCACAUGAAGACACACAUCAACGUCAGGAUGCGCAAGAGAUACGGAGAACACGGAGACUUCCUGGAUCACCAACACAUGACCUUUCCGUCUGAAAACCAAACCUUCUCUAACCUCUUUGACAGUAACAGUGCUCAGCCGGAGUGGCCUCCUCUGGGCCCCGUGAAGCUGGAGCCCAAAGAGGAGCCUCUGGACCCCGAGUACGGAGACACCUUCCCCAACGCUAACCCCGAAGACCCGUGGAGCGCCCAAGCCAAAGUGGAAGACAUGGACCUGGACGGGGCUCAGGUCCGGAUAGAGAUGGUCCCCAACAGUAACCACUGCUCGGCGGAGUCUCAAAGCCCGCGGCCAGACCAGGAGGAGGCGACCAUCAACGAGGACAACCAGGAGUUUAACCACGAAAACCUGGAACGCAGCGAACCAGGAACGAACACCUACAUCUGCUCCGUGUGCGGAGAGAGCUACGACAACUUUAACUUAUUCCAGAAGCACCAGUGUCUAGAACAGUUGCCGAGCGGCGAGAUCUGA